CCCACCCACUCCUAUAUUCCCUUCUCCACGAUUACGAACGACCCCAACUCCCUCUGGAGUGCUCUGGACCGCCCUCCCCAACCAACGGACGACGCCUCCAUCCAGAAUUAUUCCAGAUCACGCCUCUCUCUCUCUCUCUCUCUCUCUCUCUCUCUCUCUCUCUCUCUCCGCGUCGUCCUCGGUCUCCUCGCUCGCCGACCCUGCCCCCUACUGAACUGCCGCGCGCGCGUCGUGGAGUAGAGAUCCCUCCGUCCGGCCAUGAAGUGAUCCCGUGGCCUUCUUCAUCGUCUCUUCAUUGCACUGCGUGCAUACAAGGAGGAGAGGAGUCCGGCCGCUGGCAGCGAAGAUGUCGUCCUCUAACUCUCCAUGCGCCGCGUGUAAGCUGCUGCGGCGCAAGUGCACCCAGGGAUGCGUCUUCGCGCCCUACUUCCCGCCAGACAACCCAGCGAAGUUUGCUAGUGUGCACCGUAUCUUUGGUGCCAGCAACGUCUCCAAGCUGCUCAACGAUCUUCCGGCGGUGCAGCGGGAGGACGCCGUCAACUCUCUCGCAUACGAGGCGGAGGCGCGCAUCCGCGACCCUGUCUACGGCUGCGUCUCCCACAUCUCCGUCCUACAGGUCAGGAUCAGGCAGGUGCGCGACGAGCUCGUCGCCGCGCGCAAGGAACUGGCCGCCUACAUUGGGCCCGCCGCCUUUACGCCUUUCGUCGCGACGCCGCAGCAGUACCACCACCAGUAUGCCGCAGGCGCUGGCGGCGGCGUGCCUCUCGCGACGGGCAUGGGUCUCGCAGUCGGCGUCGGGCCGCAGCCGCACCAGCAGCACGGUCACCCGCACCAGCAGCAGAUGAUGGCGCACGGGCAGCACCUCCACCACCAGCACCAUCUGAUGGCUGCUGCUGAGGCGCAGCAGCAGCUCGCUCUGGCCGCGCAGGUCGCGCGCGAGCAGGAUGUCAUGAUGAGGCAGGCGGUGGUCUACGCGCACGCCGUGCCCGGGAGCGGCGCCACGGUGGCCGUUGGGCCGCCCGACGCGGUGCCGUACGAGGGCGGCUUCCUCUUCCAGCAGCAGCACCACCAGCAACCGCCGUCGCAGGCGCAGACGACCGUGGCGCUCACGUACCAGAUGGAGCAGUCCCCGCCGCCGUCGUCCCCGGGCCAGUCUCACUCUCACCCCGAGGUGUCGCAGCAGAAGAACACGGAUGGCAGCGACGAGGGCAGCGGUGGCGGCGGUCUCGUUCCGCCGCCGGCCUGAUCUGAUGAGUCCGAUGGCCGCGCCUGCCUCUGAUUCGUGCUUCCUUCGGCCUUUUCCUUUCUUGUUUGGUGUUCGUUCGCCCUUGUUCGUUAUGAAUUCUUUUCCCCUCGUCGAUCUCCAUCAUGUUCAUAUGGCGUCGCGUCGCGGCAUCGUCGAUCUCUCGGAUCCAUGCACGCCUCCCGAAGGCAGGCUAUAGCUGGAUUAUUAUAUCAAGGUUCCUCAUGAUCAGUUGCCUUCCUUGCUCAAGAGUUAGGGCCAAAAUAAAUGCAAGACAGAAGGAGUGGUAUGAAAUGGGGCCGGGACAGAGGUGCUCAUCAUAUAUAUGGAUCAGCGUAACACAGAGAAAUCAAUGGUGGGAAGGUGAGAGAGGCAGACAGACACAGCAGAGAGAAGCAUGCAUGGUGUGCUGCAGCUGCAGCGCAGGACGACGACGACGACGGCAGCAGCUAGCAGCGAGUGGUGAUGUGAGAUAGAGAAACAAAAUGCAUGCAGCAAAUAGCUUUCUUCGCUUUUUUUUUUUUGCAGGCGGAUCGGAGGGGGAGCGGCAGGCAUGAAUUGAUGAAGGAAUUAACACACCAAUGCAACUUGGAGGAGCGCUCAGCUAAACAUGUAUCUUCGUUCACUUGUGCAUUUAUUUGGUGUCGUUGAACAUGUGGAUCUUCUUUCUUUCUUCACCCCUCUCGUUAGUAUUCUUCGCCUUUAAUUUCACUCCUUUUUCCGUUUCCCUUUCACAAUUUCUUUCUGCCGUGAGUACGUCUUCAGAGAGAGAGAAACGGUUCUGCCCGUAUUGCUUGCAUUGUGUCUAUAAAUAAAUAGAAGUAUUUAUUUGGACAUGAAUGGAUGGAGGGCAAGGAGCUACCUAUUCAUCAUUUUAGUU